AUGCAGGCUCUACUGGCCAUCGCGACGCUAUGUCUCAUCGAGCUUGUCUGUGCAGAACGCAUCUUAGGCGCCUAUAUCUUCCAGCGCCAUGGUGAUCGAACAGCCAAGGGUCUCCCACCGACCAAGCUCACAGACCUCGGUUACCAUCAAGAGUACUUGACUGGUGCAUUUUUUCAUGAGCGAUACGUCUCGGCCAGCUCGCAGCAUCAGAUCGAUGGUAUCAGUUCUAGCGUGGUAGAUAUCGCACAAGUUACUGCCAGUGCACCCCAAGAUACGGUCAUCCAGAUCUCGGGUCAGGCCUUCCUCCAAGGGCUCUAUCCUCCUAUCGGACGAACCGCCAACGAAACACUUCGCAAUGGAACCGUGAUCCACUCUCCUCUUGGCGGGUAUCAGCUCAUUCCCAUAUCAAACGUUGAGUCUGGCACCGGCAGUGAAGACAAGACCUGGUUGCAGAGCGCGUCUGCUUGCAAGAAUGCGCUCUUGAGCAGCAACGAGUAUUACUCCUCAGACUCAUACGAGCAACUGUCCUCCACAACGGGCAGUCUUUAUCAGUCACUGGAGUCGUAUCUCAACCAAACCAUCUCGUCCAAGAAACUCAAUUUCAAAGACGCAUACACGAUUUGGGACCUGCUGAAUGUCGCCUCCAUUCACAAUGCUACAAGCAACCUUCCAUCUGAUCAAGUGAUGCACGAGCUCUCGGCCCUCGCCAACAUUCACGAGUUCAAUCUCGCGUACAACAGCUCAGAGCCCAUUCGCGCAGUAGCCGGUUUGUCACUCGCAGGCCAAGUGCUCACAGCUCUGAACCAAACUAUUGUUUCGGGAGGAAAGACAAAGCUGAGCGUUCAAUUUGGCGCGUAUUCGACCUUUUUGUCUUACUUUGGCCUUGCUGGCCUCGCCAAGGACGCCCGGUUCACCGGAAUCCCCGUUUAUGCGUCAUCCAUGGUUUGGGAGCUCGUCACGAAUGCGACCGGACCAGAGAUGCCCUCCGAUUCAGAGAUCAACGUGCGUUUUAUGUUUCACAACGGAACCAGCAUUGAGGGUUCUACCCAACUCGAGGCUCACCCGUUGUUUGAGCAAUCGGCAUUGGAGAUUCCGUGGACAGAGUUCGUGGCUUCGACCCAGCGAUUCGCCAUCACCUCACAGGAGCAAUGGUGUCAAGCCUGCGGCAACACGGAUGGAGUAUGCUCCAGUUCGAUAAGCACUUCGGCUUCAUCAAAUUUUCCAACAUCUUCUGGGGGCAUGACUCCGCCAGUCGCCGGUGUGAUCGGCGCCAUGGUCACCUUGGGCGUUCUUGGGGGAGCAACUAUGCUCAUUAUUUUCCUUUGCGAUCUUCGACUUGUACGCAAAAGUGCGCUCGCCCGGGAUCCGGAGAUUACGAUCAAAGUCGCUGGCGAAAAGGGGAUUUGA